AUGUUUUUGAAUUUUAACUUUUUUUCAAACUGCAGGCGCAGUCUACAGGAAAGUAGGAGAGGUCAAAUUCAAAGACCUAAAUUUUCCAUAGAAGGUGCUAAUGAGGCAGAUGUUACUGUUACUGAUUCAAAAUCCCAGUCCUCAACCAAACACCAAAGAAGUAAACACAGAGAUAGUGGAAAUCGCAAAAAUUCCAAACACAAGACGAAAAGUGAUGUUGCUGAUGUCGAUGAAGAUGAGUUGAUUCACUCGGAAAAUCCUUAUGGAGACUUUUACGCAAACGAAACGACAAUUCGAGAUAUACCUCUAAAUCAGUUAGAAUCUGUUAUAGCUGAAAAAAGAAAGGAUAAGGACGACGGGUUUCAGAGAGAAUAUGCUACAUUACCUUACGGGGAACUAUACCAAUGUGACGCUGGAAAGAAAGAGGAGAAUAUGGUUAAAAACCGAUACAAAACCACAUUUCCAUAUGACCAUUCCAGAGUUAUAUUGAGAACAGAAUCAGGAUCCGACUACAUCAAUGCAAACUAUAUUGAGGGUGCAGAUAGAGAAAGAGAGUAUAUCGCAGCACAAGGACCUAAGCAGAAUACACUGGACGAUUUUUGGGAAAUGAUUUGGCAAGAAAAUGUAUUUUCUAUUGUCAUGUUGACAAAUCUGAAAGAAGGAACUAAGGUCAAAUGUCAUCAAUAUUGGCCAGAUGUAAAUAAGAGCCGUAAUUACGACACUGUGUCGGUAAAAUUGACAGAGGAAAAAGAGUAUGCCUUCUACAUUGUUCGAAAGAUGACUGCUAGGCACAAUGAGUCAAAGGAGUCACGAACGGUGACUCAGUACCAUUAUACAGCUUGGCCAGACCAUGGAACCCCUGAUCCCCUUUUUCUUAUUGUCUUCCUUGAUCACGUCACGAGAACAGGAACCAAUCAGAAUAACUCCCCAACAAUUGUUCAUUGCAGUGCGGGGAUAGGAAGAACGGGGACAUAUAUAGCGUUGGACACUUUGGAACGAAAAGGGCGAAAGAGAAAGAAAGUCAACGUAGCCGAGUAUGUAAAGAAAAUGAGGGAAAACAGAAUGAACAUGGUGCAAACCUACGAACAGUACAUGGUGAUUUUUCUUGCGUUGAAUGAAAUAUUUAAGUCGCCGGUUAACAUCAGCACCAUCGAAGACUUUACAAAAAAAGCCGGGCCCAUGAUUACUGAUGAACCAGCCAAUCAAAGUACAUUACGAAAAGAAUUUCAGCUCUUGAUGAAAAUAAGACCUGUAUACACCGACACUGACUUUAAGUUUGCCAAAAAAAUGUGUAAGGAUGAACAUUUCAAAGGUGCAUUGCCUUUGGAUAAAUACAGUGUUCAUCUUUCAACCACAGUCCCAAAUCGAGGAAGUUUUAUUAAUGCCAUAUACGUACCGUCAUUCACCAACAGUAGAGCGUUUAUAGUGACGCAGUAUCCAUCAACAGAGGACGCUGUUGACUUCCUGCGGCUGCUAAAUGAUUAUGAAUCUGACACUGUUAUCUGUAUGGAUCCACUAAAUGAAAUUGAAUCGAGUCAGGUGUGGUUUCCUGGUCAAUCCUCCUCCACAAUCUCUCCAUUCAGUAUCCAAUUACAAUCAAGAACGGAAACUGACGUCAGCAGCUCUAUCAUUUACAUCCGGAAGAAAAAUAGUAAGAAGUCUCAUUCAGUGACAGUUGUAGAGCCAAGGAACAUCAUCAAAGUAUCCGGAACUCCUCUGGAUACAUCUAUGCUUCGUAGUCUGGUUUCUGUUGCUGUUAGUGUGAAGAAAGAAAAUCCUGUCAUUGUUGUCAGCAGUGACGGUGCUUCACUUUGCGGUGCGUUUUGUGCAGUUCAUAAUGUGAUCCAACAAAUUAAUAUGGAUGGAAACUUGGAUGUUUUUACUUCUGUCAGACAACUGCAAGUUCGGAGACCUGAAUUCUGUUCCAGUCUAGAAGAAUACAGAUUGGUCAUCAAGGCUGUGAAUGACCACAUACAGAGAGGCACUGAAAACAUAUAUUCUAACCAAUGAAUGUGUAGUUUACUAUUUAAAGACAUAGACAUACUAUUUUAUUGUUAUCGACUGUAAAUGUAAUAGUGAUAAUAAUAAUAAUAACUGCUUUUGUCAUCAUGAGU